AUUUUAUUGCCUUUAAUCAUUACACAUUGCAGUGGAUUGAUAAAAGUCCAAAGGCAAAAGAAACCAAAAUGAAAUGGGACGCUGACAGAUUGCGCAAUAAGCUUCUCCAGUUAUACCUCAACAACUGCAUGGACUGGAUCUCCACAUUUAAUGCUUCGAAAAACACUCCUCCAGUUCUUCACAUGUUUGCAUCUGCAGCUCCUCGUGACCAAAGCGAGCUGAUUCUGACCUGUCUGGCCACUGGCUUCUACCCCAAACACAUAGAGAUGAACAUCACACUAAACAACAUCACACUCCAACCCUUCAGCUCUAGUGGAGUCAGACCUAAUGAUGAUCAAACCUUUCAGACGAGAACCAGUGUGAAGAUACACAGAGAUGAGAAACAGAGUUAUGAGUGUCGUGUCCUGCAAAGCAAUCAGACAUUUACAACAUCAUGGGAUGGAAGUCUGGAAUCUAGAAAUCAUCAUUGGGCAGCAGUAGCUGCAGGUGCUUUUGCGAUUGAAGUUCUAUGCAUCAUGUCUUUAAUCUACAAAAACAGAAGGUUCAAUG